UGUUAGCAGCAACCUGCCAUGGGAUGUCGAGCAGCCCCCUUGGCAUAGAGCUUUGCAAUGUGGUGCACGGUGUUUUUCUAUGUACUUGCUUCAACUUUGUUCUGGUCUAAGCCAUUUGCUGCGCUGAAGCUUGGGCGGUGGUGCCCUUUGACAUCCUUGGAAAAACAUCAGCUUGCUGGGAAUAUGGGUCUUCACUGGACCGGCAUCCUUUGUCACAGUGGAGGAUCCUCCAGCUGCGACGCUGGUCGAACAGCCGGCAUUUCAGGCUUCUCGGAAAUGGCUUCCUGCAUGUCCAUCAGAGCCUGUGAUGCCAUUGCGCUACCUGCCAGUGAUCCAGCGGAUUGUGGGUCAUGCAAGGUGUCGCCAAAGCCUUCGGUCUCAUUCCACAAGGUUUCCUUGCCUCACCGACUCCAGGGCCUGGUUUCCAAGUGGAUCAAAGAUGGAUCAAAGAAGGAGGAAUGCGUGGAAGUUCGUCAUAUUCGUCAUCAGAUAUCCAGCCGGUACCUCUGCAGGCUGAGAUGGACUUCAUAUAUGUGGCGCCAGUAGCGGUGAGCCAAGUACACGUGGCAUUUCCCAUCUCUGCCAUUUGGAACGGAUGACCCGCAGCAUCUUCUUCAAGGACUUAGUUGUCGUCAUCAUUGGCCAAACCUGGCAUGCAGUCGUGCAUCUGAGCUUGGGAGGUAAAAAGUCAUUAGGGUUCACAAUCACAAGGUGGAAGAAAAUCCCAGCCCAAAGUGGUAAGCAUGGCAGUGAUACUUUCCAGGGAGCCAUCACUGGGCUACGG